AUGGACUUUGAAAGCAAUCUUUCUGAUUCCAUUCAAACAUAUCGGUACGUAAAGUUGGGAUCACGGGAGGUCUUCUUUCUUACUUGGGCCACAGGGCAAGUCGUUUUGCUUCCAAAUGCAGCCAAGCUAUCUUCGAAGGAAGAAGCAUACGAAAUGGUCACCAUACCGACUGGCUCAACUGGUGCAUCUCGAAUCAAACGGGAGUAUCCGAAAAUUAUCUCAUUCAUUUGGCCUGAGAAGAAGGCAGAGAAGGAGCUUGGUGGCAUUCUCGUAAAGGGCGAAAAGAGUGCAUAUGUCAAUGUUCUCAAGAAAGUGUUCCACGAGCAGCUCGAAGCCUUUGACAAGUCAGUGAUUGACAUAACAGAGAACACUGACUCGAAACUCCUUGGAGUGGAAUGUGGUCUUUCAUCACCAAUGGGCUCGAACAUCGAAUUCAGUAUCGACGGUUUCGUGCAAUUCCUUGACCAAGGAAUUCUCUUCACCUCUGAGCUCCACGGAAUCUUUCUGCCGUCCAAAUCACUCGAUCGCGUUAUGCUUAUCCAGGCUAGAGAUAGCAAGGGCAAACACGUUGGCCUCGACGUGGUCUGCAGUGCAACAGAACCGUUCUACGAGGACAAGGAAGAAGAGGGCAGCGGAACGACUAUGAUCAAGUUCGGGCAGGUUGAUCAUGCUCUUUUAAAGGAUUUGAAGGGGUAUAUGGAGAAGAACGAUUUGCAAGUUAUGGAGUGUGAGCAGUCAUCCUAUGACUACAAAAAGGGCAAAUCAACGACCGGGUUCAUGCCUAUGAUUUGGGUCUGA